ACUUCUCCCCCUUUUCAACUUCUCUCCCUUCUCGAUCUGCGCUUCCCGCGCUCCCCCACCCUUGGGGAAAAGGGGUAGGACACAGUUGCCUUACCGACGCGACACGCGACGCGCGACACGAGACGACGCGUUUUCUUGGCAUAUUUGUCAGGCAAAUCCUCCCUACUCUCGUGGGGCGACCUUUUGAAAAACUAGUCGAGGCAAAUGCGAGGAGCCUUUUAAUAUCGAUUGAAAGGGUGCCUGGGAGCUCUGUAAGGAGCCAGAUUGAUCGCUAGAGGGAUACUGGGAUACGAAAACCACCCGACACGAAGCUGUUCUGGCGGAGUGACAGGGCACCCUCGAGUUCAGCUAGCUCUGGGAUUGAGGCAGGAACCAAACACAAUGAGAUUUUGAGAGAUUAUGCAGCCUGCCUCAGCGAGGGAUAGAACGAAGCCUAAGUGCUCUCUGGGGUAAUGGAAGUUGUUAAGCCUGACAGGAUAGUGGUUGCCGGAUGUGUUAAAGGCAAGGCCUACACCGAGACCGAACCACUUAUCACCUGGACAGACACAGCGCACCGCUUCAGAGUAUCAAAGCAUAUGGUGGGAACUGAGCUAGGUUAGUAGGGGCCUACUACACAAGCAACAUGCUGGCUGGGUGCUGCUAGUGAUGGCCUCUGCAAGACACGGUCGGCUGCUAAAGGGAGACCACUAGCAGUAACGGGAAACUGCUUCUUGGAGGCAGCGGGCCGUAGCACCACAGAUGUGACCAGAGGGCGAUAGAAAUGGUAUGUUCCCAGCUCGUACCUGGGCCAUGGCUGCGUGGUAUCGCCGGCAUUCAUGCUUCCAACUCGUACUUGGACCGCAGCUAUGUGGUAUCGCCAACAUAUCACUAGACAGGCCUGCGGAGACGCUGUGGUGGCUCGAGAGGACGGAUGCGCGUGUCGGUUGGCCUAGAGAGGGAGAGUAUAAUGCCUGACUCGUACUCAGGUCCCCAGGAGCUUCCUGGCGCGGUAUCGCCCAUAAUACUAUUGCCCGUGCGGCUGGCUUAAGGUGCAAACUCCAGAGAUGUGCACGCAGCAGAACCUUUUGGCUGGGGGUUCUGCCAAUGGGGACGGGUAAAAUCACUGUCUGAGCAGAAAUGUCAGACGGAAGAUGGUACUGGAAUCGACCGGACUUGUUAAGGCUCUGCCACAGGUGACCGCGAACCGCCCUACCCCUGUUGUCUCUGGCGCCUGCUUUGCGGCCGAGAAAACUGAGCUUAUCCACUUUACCAGGAAAAAGCGCGAACACCUGGAGGGAUCGGUGGUACUAAAUGGCACAGUGGUCCGACCGUCUCCCACGGCGAAGCUGCUGGGAGUGGUCUUUGACCAGGAGCUACGGUGGAAGGAGCACGUUCAACAGGCUAUCAAACGAGCAACCAAAACAACCAUUGCCCUGUGUGGACUACGACAUUUGCGCCCCGAACAGAUGCGCCAACUCUACCAAGCAUGUGUGGCGCCGGUCGUGGACUAUGCGUCGACCGUCUGGCACGACCCGUUGCGCGACAAAACACACCUGCGACACUUGAACACCGUUCAGAGAACCCCGUUGAUCCGUAUUCUCUCGGCAUUCAAGACAGUGGCGACCGCCACACUGGAAGUGGAAGCCCAUGUUCUCCCCACGCAUCUCCGUCUCCGCCACCGCGCCCAGCGCACUAUUGCCAGGCUACACACGCUACCGCGCGACCACCCUAUCUGGGCCACAUUGUCCCGAGCUCAGAAACGAAGGAAUAACAUUGGAUCGCACGCGCGUUUUCCCCUGGCCGAAGCGCUGAAGACCAUGAACGUGGACCGAUUAAAUGAGCUGGAAAUGAUUGACCCACGCCCGCUCCCACCAUGGCGAAGUGAGGCGUUUGUAGGGAUCAAUAUUGAACCAGACCGAGAAACAGCUAUAAAAAAUGCCGAAACCAUAGGUUCUAGAUCUGACAUUGUGGUCUACUCGGAUGCUUCCGGGCGAGAAGGCUACCUGGGGGCCGCUGUCAUUGCACUGGAUGACGACCAGAGGGUUAUUGAAUCCCGACAGAUACAAGUAGGACCUAUGGACCGCUGGUCAGUCCACGUCGCGGAGCUCAUAGGCAUCUUUCACGCCAUUAGCACGGUACUCAAGAUGUUCCACCAACGCCCGAACUACACGGACCGCAACCCAACUACCGCAACUAUAAUAUGUGAUAGUAGAUCAGCAUUACAAGCAAUUCAGAGUGCGAAGAAUGCAUCAGGACAACGAGUCGUUCAUGCAAUCCUCCAAGCAGCCACCGAGAUUCAAGCGAAGGAUAUCACUCUCCGCCUUCAAUGGAUACCAGGACAUUGUGACAACCCCGGCAACGACGCGGCAGACCGGUUAGCCAAAGCUGCUGCGCACCCCGGCCAAACCCACCCCUUCCGCCCGCUGUUGACGAGGGAGAUGACAUUGAUCCGUGACAACGUCCAGACUCAGUGGGAGCGAGAGUGGAGUUCAAGCGCUAAAGGCGACCACCUACGCAAGAUUGACAAUACACUACCCGCGAAUUACACCCGGAAGCUAUAUGGUUCUCUCCCCAGAAACCGAGCCUACCUGCUCACGCAGUUACGCACGGGUCACAAUUGGUUAUCUACCUUUGCCAAGAAACGCGGCUUCCGCGACAACGACGAGUGCGCGUGCGGCGCGAGGGAGACAGUUGUCCAUGUGUUAGUGGACUGCCCGAGGCUACAAGGGCUACGAAUAAAGUUGAGGAGAGAGGUCGGGGACGCGUUUAACAGGAUAUCGAGUCUGCUGGGAGGCUCAACCCACGGUAAGAAAGGUAAUCCAGACAUCAUCUCGCGGGCCAAAACGGUUAACGCCGUGCUGGACUUCGCCGAGGCGUCACAGAGAUUUCGCAGCCGCGCGCCACGAGGGCAGCCUAACAAUGGGAGCGGCAAUUAGGCCACGACAGGCCGUGACGAGGCUCUAAGUUCGUUUUCAGGAAGUGGAAGACUCUACAUGUACAUAAUCAGAUAUAUAUAGUUGUCGUAGCCUGCAUAUCGCUCUAGCGAGGGGUCAGGGUAAAUGAAAACCAACCAACCAACCAACCACUGUAUCCUCCCCUCUUGCUCCAC